AUGUCCUCCUUAUCGACAUCAGAAUCGGUUUUGGUGAAAGAACUAUUUGUUUCAUCCAAAACACCCGUCCAGUGUCAUUUAACACGAGCUGCCAAACAUCUAGAAUUAGAUAAUUCAGUUUUAAUAUUAAACGGUCUUGGAAAAGCCAUCAACACAACAAUUGAUGUUGCAUUAAAGCUUCAGGAAAAAUUUCACAACACAAUCAAAUUGGAUAUACAAACUUCUACUGCUGAUAUAAAAGAUAUUUUGGAGCCACUAAAUGAAGAUGAUGAUUAUGAAGCAAGAACACGUUCACUAUCUUCUAUACAUAUAAAAAUAACUAAAUAA